CCCUACGGUCACACUUUCCUCAGUAGCAGUGUUCUGGUUCCACGUUGGUAGGAGUUUCCAGUCGGACAUGUUUAGGGAAACACAACUCUGUUCACGUGGAGCGGCUCGUCUCAGCCGCAGUUGAAAAGGUUAAAAUGCCAAAGAAAAGCAAAACGAGUGUAAAGAGACAGAGCAGUGAUGCUGAGCAGCUCCCUCCUAAACAGAGGAGGGCAGAGCCCGGCGACACUCCAUCCCCUCUGUGCUUCAGCAGCCCAGGCAGCCUGUUCCAGAGCCUCAUCCAGCCGAUGGGGACAGAGCAGUUCUUCAGGGAGUACUGGGAGAAGAAACCCCUCCACCUGCAGAGGUCUGAUCCCCACACAGCCUCCUACUACCAGUCUCUGUUCCAGCUGUCAGACCUGCGGGGCCUGUGCUCCCAGGAUCUGGAAUACUGCAGGGACGUCAAUGUUGUCCGCUGCAUCAACGGCAAGAAGAAAGUGCUGAACAAGCAGGGGCAAGUUAAGAACAGUGUUCUCAAUAAGGACUUUGUUCAGAAUAAGGCCACCAUCCAGUUCCACCAGCCGCAGAGGUUCAAGGAUGAGUUGUGGAGGAUCCAGGAGAAGCUGGAGUGUUUCUUUGGAGCCUUGGUGGGGUCUAACGUCUACAUCACACCACAGGAGUCCCAGGGCCUUCCAGCUCACUAUGAUGAUGUCGAGGUAUUCAUCCUGCAGCUGGAGGGACAGAAACGUUGGCUUCUCUACAAUCCUACGGUUCCUCUGGCAGCGGAGUACAGCGUGGAGUCCGAGGAGAGGAUUGGCAGCCCGACCCAUGAUAUUAUACUGAAGGCGGGAGAUCUUCUGUACUUUCCCAGAGGAACCAUCCAUCAAGCCAACACCCCAGCAGGAGUGGACCACUCCACCCACUUGACUCUCAGCACUUACCAGAGAAUGGCGUGGGGGGAUUUGCUGUUGGACAUAUUUCCCAGCUUGCUGUGUGACCGCAGCAAGACUGAAGUCAGCCUGAGAGAGGGCAUGCCCAGAAGAUUCUUACUGGGUAACAGUGAAGGCCUGGACGUCAGCAGGCAGCUGGCUGCUGGCCUCAGGUCUCUGGCUGAUGAAAUGGAAACAGGGAUGCAGGAAGUCCGCUCCACUCACAUGAAGAGGGACUUCAUCACCAACAGACUGCCACCGUACAUCCAACAGGAGCUGCUAACACCAUCUGGGAGGAUUCCUGCCUUGGAGGAUGUGGUGUGUUUGAGGUUUAAAGACCAUAUGGUGAUAACAGUGGAGCCCAGCCAAGAGAGAACAGACGAGGCCACAGAGCUGGUAGUCUUUGUCUUGCAUUCUUUGAGGAACCCGAGGGAGAGCCACAUGAUGGGUGAGAGUUGCGAUGAAGAGGAGGAGCAGGACAUCUCCAGGGGUCUGCAGUUCCCUGUGUCCCACCUCCAGGCCCUGCGGCAGCUCCAGCAGGCAGAGACGCUGGCUGUGGCCCAGCUCCAGCUGCCCACACCGGAGGCCAAACUCAGUCUGGUCCUGGCUCUCUGGAGUGAGAGCCUGCUGGUUGUGCUAUAACACACCACUACGUCAAACUAUGAAAUCCACAUCAGUUGAUAUUUGUGUAUACUUCUAAAUAUGUCUCUUUGUUUCGUUGUUUUAUUUUUCUGGCUCCUCCUGAAUAAAGCUGCCACACCUCCAGCA